UUCGAUUUGCGCUCAUUUCUUUAGAUCCGAACAAUUCCUAGCUUUAAGAGCUCCGGUGGAUCAGAAUUAGAAGUUUCCGAAGGAAAUCGAAGUGUUAGGGUUCCGAUUUUUCUGAAAUUUUAGUUUCCGUUUGAAAAAGCGAUGGAGCCACCGGUUGUUAGAUCGAGAGGGAGGCCGCGGAAGCGUAGAAGAAAAGAGGAAGAAAUGGAAGCUCUGGAAGCAAAGAGGCAAGCCUUGGCAACCAGAUCGAUAGCGUUGGUUGGACGAUUCGUGCUGAAGGAGUUCCCGAAAAUCGGUGUUUUUCUCGGUAAAGUUGUGUACUACGAGUGUGGCUUGUAUAGAGUUAGUUAUGAGGACGGUGAUUUCGAGGAUUUGGAUAGUGGUGAGGUUCGUGCUGUUCUACUAAAUGACAGUGAUUUUGAUGAUGAUUUGACUAAGAGGAAGGGUAAAUUGGAGCAAUUAGUGUUGAAGAAUAGUGUAAAGGUUCAGGCUAAGUCGGUGAAGGCUUCUGAUGAGAUGAAUAAAGAUGAAUCCAAGGUUGAUGGACCUGUUUCGGGAGAACUUAACGGUGAAAACGGUGAGGAACAAGCUGAAGGUGGCGAUGAUUUGUUGAGUGAUGAUUAUUCUGAUUCAGAUGCUGAGGCAGUGCCUGCCGUGCCACCGCGGCCGCCUUUGUUGCAGUUGCCACCAUCGUCAGGGACUAUUGGUGUGCCGGAGCAGUGUGUUUCGCACCUGUUUGCUGUUUAUGGUUUCUUGAGAUCAUUUAGCACUAGGUUGUUCCUGGCACCGUUUACUUUAGAUGAUUUUGUUGGUUGUCUUAAUUGCCGAGUUGCUAACAGCUUGAUUGAUUCUAUUCACGUCUCCCUAUUGCGGGUAUUGAGGCAUCAUCUUGAAUCCGUUUCAUCUGAAGGCUCAGAGCUUGCAUCGAAAUGCCUUAGGUGCAAUGAUUGGGGCUUGCUUGAUGCAUUGACUUGGCCUGUUUUUGUGAUUCAGUAUUUAUUAGUUAAUGGACACACAAAAGGACCUGAAUGGAAAGGGUUUUAUGAUGAGGCUUUUGCUUGCGAGUAUUAUUUAUUGCCUGUAAGUAGGAAGUUAAUGAUAUUGCAAAAACUCUGCGAUGAUGUUUUGGAUUCAGAGGAGCUAAAAGCUGAAAUGAACAUGCGGGAAGAAUCAGAGGUUGGGGUGGAUUAUGACGCAGAAGAUAUCAUUGCUGCAGAAAAUGGGCCUGGAAAAGUCCUGCCAAGACAUGCCAAUACUGCUUGUGAGGAUAAAGGAGCCAUGAAGAUAGUUUUGGCAUCAAAUUUUGUGAACCAACAUGUUAACCCUAAUAAUUCCAAUUCCAGAAAUGCAGGAAACGUUGGUGAUGGCGAUGAUAGAAAUGGAGAUGAAUGUCGUCUUUGUGGUAUGGAUGGGACCUUGCUUUGUUGUGAUGGGUGCCCCUCUGCUUAUCACUCCAGGUGUAUUGGUGUUUCGAAAAUGCAUAUACCAGAAGGACCGUGGUAUUGUCCAGAAUGCAAGAUUAACAUGAUUGGGCCAACAGUUGCAAAGGGAACAUCACUUAGAGGUGCUGAAAUAUUUGGAAUGGAUUUGUACGGGCAGCUUUUCAUGAGUUCUUGCGACCACUUAUUGGUGCUCAAUGUCAACAAUGAUGAAUUCUGUCUUAAAUAUUACAACCAGAGUGACAUUCCUAAUGUUAUCCAAGUGCUCUGCGGAUCCUUGCAGCAUAGACCAAUAUACUAUGAUAUUUGCAUGGCAGUUAUGCAAUAUUGGAAUAUUUCUGAAAGAGUCUUGCCUCUUCCUCCUCCGUCAAGUGAAGAUGGUCAUAAGCCUGUUAGUUUGGUGAAUGGAGAGUACUCUCACACUUUGAGCUUGAUUUAUAGUGGCAAUGUAGUCCCUUCACGUGAUAUCUCAACAACUAACACUGUAAAUCAAUGUCCUGAAAGCAGCGGUAAUGAGCUCCCUACCACAAAUAUGAAGCUUCCUCAGGAAACUAGGAUGGUGUCACUAAUGUCAAAUGAUUCUGGGUCUGUUUCUGUUAGUAAUCAGUCUGAGUUGAACUAUCGAAGUUCUGUCAAUGGGUUAACUGUGGUGGCUUCUUCACGCUCUUUGAUAAACAGCCAAUAUAGUAAUAAUGCCCAUUCAAAUGAUAUUGUACUGCCAGUGAACUUCUCUCUGGAAACCAAAGAGAGCACCCGAGUUGGUUUUGGAAAGGUGGAACACAAAACAACUAACAAUGUUGGGUACAUGGGUUUGUCCUAUAAACCUUUGUCAUACAUUAAUAACUAUAUGCAUGGUGAUUUUGCUGCAUCAGCAGCUGCCAAAUUGGCCGUUCUAUCCUCUGAGGAAUCUAGGUCAGAGGGUCAUGUUUCCGACAGUCAGAAGAAAACGAUAGCUCAGAUCACUUAUUUGCAAGCAAAAGCAUUCUCACAAAUAGCUUCACGUUUCUUUUGGCCAGCUACUGAAAAGAAGCUAAUGGAGGUGCCAAGAGAGAGGUGUGGCUGGUGCUUUUCUUGUAAAGCCCCUGUUUCAAGCAAGAGAGGAUGCAUGUUAAAUCAUGCCCUUAUAAAUGCCACAAAAAGUGCGCUGAAAGUUCUUGCUGGUUUUCCUCCACUAAGGAGUGGAGAGGGAAUCCUUCCUAGUAUUGCAACAUACAUUUUAUACAUGGAGGAAUGUUUACAUGGUUUAAUAGUUGGGCCCUUUCUAAGUCCAAGUUAUAGAAAGCAAUGGCGAAUGCGGGUUGAACAGGCCACAACAUUUAGCUCUAUCAAACCACUCUUGCUUGAUCUUGAGGAAAAUAUUCGCAUGAUUACUUUCUGCGGGGAUUGGCAUAAGUUGAUGGAUGAUUGGUUGGUUGAGUUUUCUAUGAUUCAAAGGUCUGCAUCUGCUCUUGGAACAACACAGAAACGUGCACCAAGUGGGAGGCGUUACAAAAAACGCUCAGCUACUGAAGAACCUACAGCUGAUGGUUGCCAUGAAAGCCUUGAGUGGUGGCGGGGUGGGAAAUUCACCAAGUUUAUAUUCCAAAAAGCUGUUUUGCCAAGAUCCCUGGUCAGGAAAGCUGCACGCCAAGGUGGUUCGAGGAAAAUCUCUGGCAUUUUCUAUGCUGAUGGAUCUGAAAUCCCUAAAAGGACCAGACAGUUUGUGUGGAGAGUUGCAGUACAGAUGUGUAAGACUGCAUCACAGCUGGCACUUCAGGUCAGAUAUCUAGAUUUUUAUAUCAGAUGGAGUGAUCUAAUUCGUCCAGAGCAGAAUAUUCAGGAUGGUAAAGGUCAAGAAACUGACGCUUCUGCUUUUAGAAAUGCAAAUAUUUGUGAUAAAAAGCUUGUAGAGGGGAAAACUUGUUACGGAGUAGCAUUUGGGAGCCAAAAGCAUCUUUCUACUCGUUUAAUGAAAAAUGUUAUUGAAAUUGAGCAAGGUAUAGAAGGAAAGGAAAAGUAUUGGUUUUCCGAAACACGCAUUCCUUUAUAUUUGGUGAAAGAGUAUGAAGAAAGCAAUGGAAACGGACCAUCUGUUGGUGAGCACUUGAAUACUGCAUCACAACAAUUGCUCAGUCGGUGGUUGAAAGCAUCCCGCAAGGAUAUUUUUUUCUACCUUACCUGCAAGAGAGACAAUUUGGACAUGUUCUUGUGUUCUGUAUGUCAUACUGGUGUUCCAUUAAGGAAUGCACUCAAGUGCAAUACUUGUCAAGGUUUUUGUCACGAGGGCUGUUCCCUAAGGUCAACAAUCUUCACAAAUAAGAAAGUUGAGUACUUGACCACAUGCAACCAAUGUUAUCAUGCCAAGUUCCUUGCUCAAAAGGAGACCAGUAAUGAAUCUCCAACCAGCCCCUUACUCUUACAAGGACGUGAAAACAACUCUCUUACUAUCCUAAAGGGAUUAAAGUCUAAAUAUUCUGAUCUAGCACAGAAGUCUGCCAAGGCAAAGGAUAGCCGUCCAGAAGCAAAACAAGCAAAACAAGUUGCUUCAAUGACAGUUUUGAAGGAAGCAAAGACUUCCACCAAGUCAAAGGAUAGUCAUCCAGACAGAAAACAACUUGCUUCUGGUUCCAGCUCGGCAACUGCAACCCAUCGUAGGAAUUGUUCUUGGGGUGUGAUAUGGAAGAAGAAAAAUAUUGAUGAUACAGGCGAUGAAUUUAGGCUCAAAAACAUACUUUUAAAGGGAGCUUCAGGAAUUCUUCAAGAGCCACCAAUUUGUCACUUGUGCCGUAAGAAAUACUGUUCCGAUCUGAUGUACAUUCACUGUGAGUCAUGCUCAAAUUGGUAUCAUGCUGAAGCUGUUGAACUCGAUGAGUCCAAAAUUUUUGAUGUACUGGGCUUCAAAUGUUGCAAGUGUCGCAGGAUAAAAUCACCUGAUUGUCCUUAUGCUGAUACUAAGCGCAAGACACAAGAGGGUAAGAGGACAAGGACUUCAAAGAAAGAGUAUUCUGGUCCAGAUUCUGAUUCUGAAAAAUUUUCUGAUACAGAACCUAAGUUAGAGGAUGCUGAGUGGAGUACUCUCUCUGGCCCUGGGCCUCGGAAACUACCAGUGAGACGGCAUGUUAAACGUGAGGGGGACUGCGAUGGAUUUUACGUAGAGAAACCGUUGUAUGAUGAAACUUUGGCACAUAAUGAAGCGGGUGAUACGUACAAACCCGAGCCUUUAGACUAUGACUCUGUCGUGCCAAAUGAUAGCAAUCUGCUUAAUGAAGCGGAAGGUUCACAGUAUGAAUUUGCGGACUUUGAACCUCAUACCUACUUCUCUGUAACGGAACUGCUGCUUCCAGAUGAUAGUAGCCAGCUUGAGGGAGCUGAUGCAUCUGGUGAGUUGUCAGGAUAUUUGGGGAAUUCUUGUACACAAGUUCCUGAAGAAUGCGGUGUAACUUUAGAUGACAAAUCAGAACCUGCCCUAUCAUUUGAAGACGCUGUUUAUAGUUGUUGGCAGUGCGGGCAAAUGGAACCAGCCCCUGAUCUGUGUUGUGAGAUUUGUGGGAUUUUUAUUCACAGUCAAUGCUCCCCUUGGGUUGAGUCACCAUCAAGGCUUGGAAAUUGGAGGUGUGGCAAUUGCCGGGAAUGGCAAUAGCUGAUUCACAUGUCAUUUUGUUGAAUUUGAAUUUGGGAAAUUCUCCCUCUUGAUUGAAGUGGGUUGAAGCUUCUGAUGCCUUAACAGUGAUAAAUCGUACAAGUCAGCUCAAAUGAAUAUUUGCACUUUCUUGGCAGUAUCUCCCCGUGGACGAGGUGAAUUGUUUGCGAAUCUUUCAAGGGCAACUUUAUGCUGUGUGCUUUGUCUUGCCAUUAUUCUGUGCACUGUUCACCGAAAUAUAACUGCCUGUGCAGUGCCCAGCGGUCCCGGUGUACUCAAUCGACGAAAGGAUCUGGUGCGUUUGUCGUUAGUUUGCUUUGAUCCUAUAACGAGAUUUUUUAAUCAAAUCAGUCGGUCACUCGCAUGGGGGAUUGUUUUCACUUUACCCAUUUUACGGUUCGUAGAUAAGCAUUGUUUUUGUGACGCUUAUCUGAUGGAAUUAUUUGUAUAGAUGAGAAUCCUCAAUUUUUUAUGGAGGUUAGUUAAAACUAUGAAGCUUCGAUCUAUUACGAAAGAAGCUUCUAUACUGCUUCCAUUCAUUUUCACUCGUAGUAGUGAAAGAAAGCACGUUAGGAUCCAAUGCUGGCCUUACUUAACUC